AUGGAAAAUAUUAAAAUCCCAGCGCCGUCCACGAUUCUAGACUCGUCCGACACCAUCUCGUCAGCGCGGGGCAAGCCUGCUUCGCCUCCCAAAAGGGCGAAGCAGAUCGGAACAGCGGUGCAAAGGCCCAAACAGACAAAGAGCCGCAAUGGUUGCAUCACCUGCAAGGCGAAGCGGCUGAAGUGCGAUGAAACCAAACCGGCCUGUCACCAGUGCGAAAGACGAAAGGUUCAGUGUGGCGGCUACAAGAAGGAUUUCAAAUGGCGACCCUUCGAAGAGACCAAUGUGGCUGUGGGGCGGCCCACCAAGGCUAAGAAGGCAAAUCUUCCUAAUAUCAUUACCAAGCCUGAGAGUUUCCCGACGCCCCCAAACACCGAGCAUCCUACUCCAGCGAUACGCGCUUCGCAUUCUAUCAAUACAUCUCCUCCAGAGUCUUCGUUGCAUGGCUCCCCUGCUAGCAUCAAGAGUUAUCAGUCAGCUGACGCCCGUUCUUUUGAUGAAUUGCCUGUCCUUCGGGAUGAGACUACCACGGGGGAAGAAACAGUCUCCCCGGUCGGGAUAUCUAUGCCCGCUGAUGACUCCUUCCACUUUCUUUCUUUCCUUGAGCCCUUUCAACACAAUAUUCCAUUUUCAGAUGAACUGUUUCCAGAACAAGGCCUGGAUGGUGGUGCAGGUCCGGUGCCUUAUAGCCCAGACUUACCAAAUGACUACGAAUCUCUUAGCUUCUCCCAUCUCUUGGGCGAAGAUAAUGAAGACAUCGAGGAGAUCAUUAGGCAAUCUGACCCCGGGGCCGGACCCUGGGACUUGACCUUCCCAGAUCAGGAUGGAAAUUUUUUCGACAUCUCCCGUCUUCCAGGUCAACCGCUACUAGUAUCAGAAAGCCAGGAGAUGUUAGCUUUACGUUUUGACAAGCUCACUUGUGGUAUUCUAUCCGUCAAGGAUGGCGUAUCCGAAAACCCAUGGCGUACCCUUAUAUGGCCCCUCGCCAAAAACACUCCUGCUCUGUACCAUGCAAUUUUCGCUCUAUCAGCCUUCCACGCAGCCAAAGAGAACCCGUCUCUCCGAGUUCAAGGCGUGAAGCACAUGCGACAGAGCAUCACCUGCCUGAGGCAAGAAAUCCAAAACAUGCGCGCAGACACCGCAUUAGCAACCAGUUUAGCAUUGGCAUUUGCGGACACCUGGGACCAGAACACGCGCACAUGUGUCCAGCAUUUGCGCGGUGCCAAAGCUUUGAUGUUGCAGGUACUGAACGCCGGGUUACAGGGUGGUCUAAGUGCAGAUGAGUUGGAUCGUAUUCGAUUCUUGUACAAUACAUGGACCUAUAUGGAUGUCAUUGCAAGACUUACAUCCUUGGACGAAUCUGGGCCUCAGGACCUGAAUCCGUCUAUCUUCCAUCUUCCUGGUGAUGCUAUUCAUGAGAUUGAUCCAUUAAUGGGCUGUGCGGCUACUCUUUUCCCACUUAUUGGUCGAGUGGCUAGAUUGGUUCAGCGGGUGCGCAAGACUGCAACAAACUCGCUAUCGAUUGUGUCACAAGGAAUGGAGCUGAAGUCAUUGAUUGAAGAAUGGCAGCCGCCGCGCUGGUUUGAACCGCCUGAAGAUCCCACUUCGGAAGUUCAGCACAGUAUACAGAUGGCGCAUGCGUAUCGCUGGGCGACAUUACUAUAUCUCCAUCAAGCCGUCCCCGAAAUGCCCUCCGAGUCUGCCGAAGAGCUCGCCAAGCGCGUGUUGAUCCUCUUGGCAACCGUACCUCCAACAUCUCGUACAACGAUCAUCCAAAUGUUCCCCCUCUUAGCUGCCGGAGCCGAGGUCGACUGCGAAGAUGACCGGCGAUGGGUCUUGGACCGAUGGAACACUGUCCAGUCCCGCCUAAUGCUAGGAGGCGUCGAUCGCUGCCUCGACGUGCUACGAGAAGUCUGGGCUCGACGAGACGCACUGAGAGCAGGGAAACAACAGGACUUGCCGCCACCGAGAAGACCCGGUUCUUUCUCUAGCGAAGGGAAAGGUAGCCAGGGGUUGAGAUCACCGGAUACCACGCCACGAGCUCUUCAUGGACAUAUAAAUUCGGCGGAUCAUCAUGACAGAUCUAUGCAAGGGAGAACUGGAUCUACGCCUUCGAAGAGCGGAUCUCAAAGACGAGGGUCGGCUCUUUCGCCAUUGGAGAACAUCCAGUUUGAGAGGACUGUGCGGAGUCGAUUGCAUUGGGUUAAUGUUAUGGGAGAGUGGGGAUGGGAAGUCUUCCUCGGGUAA